AUGGGAAGCUGCGGCAUACCAAAAGAGGUCGAGAAUGCAGAGAUCCACGUGGGCACUAACAACGUGCUCAAUGCCAUGCUGCGGUAUACGUGCAAAGAGGGUUACAAAAGGAAAGCGGGGACAUCCACCCUCAUCAGGUGUGAGCAGAAAGACAACCAACUCCACUGGACAGAGAGCAAUCUGAAGUGCAUCCGGGAUCCUGCUUUACCUCCUUCAACCCCCAGCCCUAAACCGACAACAUCAGCCCCCAUCCCAGAGGAGACCAGUCCUACCAGCCAAGGGGAUCCUGCUUUACCUCCUUCAACCCCCAGCCCUAAACCGACAACAUCAGCCCCCAUCCCAGAGGAGACCAGUCCUACCAGCCAAGUCACUCCAGAGAUCACUACAGACCCAGGCAUGGCUUCAACACCGUCCCGUGGAAGGGAGACCACCUCACCGCUGGCAGGUCCCACGUCUCAACCCACCGCUGACACAUCUUCACUGGAAACACUUGUGACCACAACCACGGCGAUCGGGUCGACCCAGGUGUCCACUAACCCAACCACAGAAGGCAUGACGCAGCCGUUUACAACAGCCAGCCAGGACACACACACCUCCUGGGGGGGGACUAACCAACCGUCCCCAGAUACAUUUACAACAGAUGGAGACAAGUCAGCAGCAGCAUCCGUCAGCCUGACCACUGAAGAGCAAACACAGCUACCCACAGCAGCCACUCCCAGCACUGAAGGUUUCACCCAGGUCGUGAUUUCUUCUACGGUGUUUCCACUGGUGUUGCUGAUUGCAGCUGUUGGGUUAUAUUAUGCCUGGAAAAAACAAAGCUGCAGGAGGCAUCAGUUUGCAUUUCGUCAAGAAGACAUCCCACUUAGUACAUGGAGGGACAUCAUGGGGGCUGGACUCAAUGACCCUCCGAGGUCCCUUCCAGCCCAAAUGUCUAUGAAUGGCUGUGAAAUCAUAGAACGACGGGAAGAAAUGCCCCUGGAAGACCAUCAAAACGACCUAGAACACCUGACCGAAAGGACAGAGAUGAUGGCGUCUUGUAUGACGCCCACUGGCUGAGGCCCUCAACGAAAUCAGUGUUAUCCGCUAAACUUGAAAGGGGGAAGGAUCCUUGGUGCUUUGAAGACCCACACUCCAGCUGCAUUAGGCUCCGACUGGUCAGUCACCACGUGCCAUCCACUCAACUCCUGACUGAACAUACAGCUUUAUUUUUAAGCAGUGGCAAGUAUUUGCAAGACCUGGCUUCCCAUCUUGCCAUCACGGUGAAAGGGUAGGAGAAGCCCUACAAAUGUUCUGCGUGGCUGCUCUGUUUUCUUCCCUUCAACCUGAGCUCAGAAUAUACUAGUUCUCCUGGUACCUGCAAGAGAUCACUUAGAUAUUCUGGGCACAUCUUUUCAUUCUUAUUUUACUGAACUGGUACUUUCAAAGAGAAAAAGAAACAAAGCUGUGGAGGGUUCUGAAGUGGCUCAGGUGGUCUGUUAUGUCCCAUGGAAAGAAGGCAGGAGAGAAGAAGUGACUGGUGAGCCGGAAGGGAAGAACACAGCCCAGAUAAAGAGAACAGAAAGGUGGCGUUAGCUUAUGAGGCGAAAUGUCUGGGGGGUGGAGGGGAAAGGAUAUUCUCCAAUUGCUACCAGCAACGUCCUGAGCCUCAGGAGGAAGAGGACCUGCCGGAGCCACAUCUGGCGAUCUGGGGUCAGCCACAACAUUUUGCUCAGGGAUCUUGCACGGACACUUUACAGCCCGAUCCCAGAUGUUUGCACAGGGCAGGUCUUUCCAGCAGACUGAUUUCCCCUCAGAUGACAGCAAUGCCACAUCAUCCUGUUACAGAGGUGACCAGAGGCUGGGCAGUGCAACACAAGGAGUUCGUAUUUCCCAUUUCAGUGCCCGUCAUGGCGACCAGGCCUUUUCCUCACGCUGUGCAAUAUAGACAGAGUGCUUUAAACCAAAGCUAAUAAACGUUUUUAUACACAAGGGAUCAGCCCCCCUGUGAGUCUUUGCCCUAUUCUGGCAUCUCUCGGGAGAAUUUGUCACCCAGUGUGGAAUUAAAGCGUUGCCACCAGGCGUGGGGGAAGCAGAGCGUUUAGCUCGAUUCACAAAGACAUUGGACAUGUGCUUGGAGGAAAGGGGCAU